CAACACUACAAAUCUAUUACAUUUAUUGAGGAUAUAGAAAAUGUUGGGUAUCGAGUUCCGCAUCCCUGAGAUGGAUUUUGAGGGUCAGAAGUUAGCAGAGAUAUUGCAGUACGUGAUAUUGGGCGUCUUCGGGAUCGCUGGAUUUAUCUGGGGAUACAUCUGUGAAUCAUUCCAGCAAACCUUCUACGUCGUAGCAGCUGGGUCUCUAGUUGCCUCGUUGGUUGUGAUGCCACCCUGGCCUAUCUUUAGGAAAAACUCCCUACCCUUCCACCCUGCUGAAAAACUCGAGAAGAAAGUAACUCUCGGCAAGGGCAAAGCAUCUAAAAAGAAGAACUAAGGGAUGUUCUUUUAUAAUGUUUUAAAUUUUUAUAUUCAGCAAGAUUUCAUGGGAUAUGAUCAUGAGAUCUUAGAUUUCAUAACUCUUAAAGGGUUCAUACGUUUUUAACGUUUUAAUGUUAAACUUAGCAUGGAACAUUCUAACAUAAACCGUUAUUGCUAGCACUGCUUAUUACCUUAUAACUUGCCCCUCCCUGAAACAGUUUCUAACAUUACAAGCAGAGCUGAAUUUAUCAUGGUCAUUGAAUUAAGUUGCUCAUUGGCGGUUCAAGUGCUGGCACUAGACGCAGAUUGUUCUAUUGGGCUUUUUCUUUAAAGUUUUACCCAUUUUUCUUCGAGAAUUUGACAUUUUUGGUUAAGAUAAUAAAUUAAUAAACACUACUGUUGGAUUAUUUGAAUUUCAGAGAAUUGUAUAAAUUAUUACUGUGAUAUUACUUUGAUUAAGCUGGUUUCAGUGAUGAAAA